UUUGUAUUUGGAAUGUCAAAUGUUUCGUUCUGCCAUUGUUUAUUUAUUUUUAGUACUGUUAUUUAGCUCAUUUAGUUGGUUAAUUUAUGAAAACAUGUCUUCUGAAAAACUUCUAUCUGUUGAUUUCGAAGUAUUUGGUAAAGUUCAAGGAGUAUUUUUCCGGAAGAACACUGAAAAAGAAGCAAAUAAUUUGGGUGUUCGGGGAUGGUGUAUGAAUACCCAGAAAAACACUGUAAAAGGAGUAAUACAGGGAUCCCCAGAAAAAAUAAAUGAAAUGAAAACUUGGUUACAAGAAGUAGGAAGCCCUUCUUCAAGAAUUGACAAAACCGUUUUCACCAAUGAAAAAUAUCUUUCAAAAUAUACCUUCUCUUCGUUUCAGAUAAAAAGAUAAAUAAUUUUGAAAAUCAUAAAAUAUGGCGUAUAACAAAAUUAUAAUCGUAUUUAUUACAUAAUUUAUUUUUGUUUUUAAUAAAAAGCUAAAAUCCA